CACUGGUUAGAGCACAACAAGCGGGAUGACGAGCAAAUGUUAAAAUCUAGUUUGUAACUAGAACCAUGUUACCGUAACUUACUUCUAUACUCUCUCUACGCACUCGCCAUACGCAAACAAAUCCUUUCCAUGAAACUAAUGCGUGAAGGAAAUUUGCACUGUGCAGUCAGUUAUAGGUCACAAAUUCAUAGUAUAGCUUCAAUUCAUCAUUCUAGAUCUAGAAUCAAGGUUUUAAGAUGGUUUAGACAUCUCGAUUUCUGAAAGUGGGAGUGCAUGAUGUUAAUAUUGAUACUAAUCAUCCUAGCCCUCUUCUACUACUACAGAGUUUGGAGAAAGGAAUACAAUAACUUGCCUUCUCCAGGGCUAUGCCUCCCCUUCCUUGGUCACUACACAAUAUUCUUGGAAACAACUGAACCACUCAAAAGAGUUUGGAAUCUCUACAAGAAAUAUUCACAGAAAGGAUUAAUGCUGAUGACUGUUUUGGGACAAAAUAUAGUUAUUGUUGGAGACUUUGAUACUCUUAAACAACUAUUUAACAAUCCUGAUGUUCAAAACAGGGGUCAUGGAGACUACAAAAAAUGUCAGAUAGCUGGAAAAGUUUGUAUUGAACGAGGAACUAAAUUACAGCCUCUUGGUGGUAUUUUUCUCAGUCAAGGCAAGAUUUGGUCCGAGCAACGGAGAUUAACAGUUAAAACACUCAAGGAUUUUGGGUUUGGAAAAUCCAGUAUGGAAGAAAUUAUCCAAGAUGAGUUUAAGCAGUUUAUAAACUAUCUCCAACAGUUAAAUCCUGCAGAGCCCAGGGAGAUCACAGGGCUCUUUACUCUGCCUAUUUUGAAUUCCCUAUGGAAAAUCACUGUCGGAGAAAGUUUUGCUUAUGACAACCCUAAACUAGAAAGAAUUCAUGAGAUGCUUGGUGAGUUUGUUAAAAAUAUUGUGCAUAUUUCCACCUUUUUAGAAAUCAUGUAUCCAUGGAUCUUCGACAUUUUCCCCAACUUUCUCAACCGCCAAUCAAACAUAAACAUUCACAAAAGUCUUGCCAGCAUGAUGCUUGAGAGUAUAGAUCACCAUAGGAAAACACUAGACGAAAACUCACCAAGGGACGUCAUUGACACAGUGCUCAUUGAGAUAGAGAACACUGAAGAUGAGUCCUCCAGUUUUUAUAAAGAAACUGGAUACGCUAAUCUUGUAAAUACUCUUAUUGAUCUGUUUAUGGGUGGGUCUGAAACAACAGCCACCACACUGACUUGGGCAGUCCUUUACAUGGUAAGAGAACCUCAAGUUCAGCGAAAGGUGCAAGCAGAGUUGGAUGCGCUAGUGGGUUCAACAAGACCAAUAACCUUGGCGGAUCGACCAAAGCUUCCUUACACAGAGGCUGUUAUGAUGGAGAUCCAGAGAUGUGGAAACAUUGUUCCUUUUGCUCUAUACCAUAUGUCAAGUAUACCAAUAGAGAUAAACGGCCUUUCUAUACCAGCCAACACUAUGAUAUGUCCAUGCAUUGCUGAGAUACAGAAAGGUAAUGGCUGGAAAGAUGGGAUGAGCUUCAGACCUGAGAGGUUUCUCGAUGAAUCUGGAGGGAUCAAACCCAAUGAACUACUUAUUCCAUUCUCCAUUGGGAAAAGAAGGUGUCCUGGUGAGACAUUUGCAAUGAUGGAGUUUUUCCUUUUCUUCACAAACAUUCUUCUUCACUUUUCCUUCCUGCCAGAGGCUGAAGGACAGGUUCCAACAGAAGAAUAUUUUGCAGGGUUAACUGUUAUUCCGAAACCUUUCAAAUCUUUUAUUAUGCCAAGAACUCAAAAUUAAAACAAUUAAGAAGCUAUCUAAUUGUUAUAAGGACUGUAAGUCAAUUUCAAGUAACCCUGGAUGCAAAGAUGACAAUGCCCGAUUUACAGCGGUACCAUUGAACCUAUUUUCUGGUCAAAAAUGUGGAAAAUAUAGUCUUUAUUUAGACUCAGAAGUAGUUAGUUUCUGAUAAUGUCUCCAUUGCAUCCUAAGAGCAAGAAAUGUGCAAUUCAGUUUUGCAGAGAAUCCGUAAAUGAAAAUAAACAGUUUAAAGAAACUAAUUUAAAUCUAAAACAAGUUUAUGGGAUUUCUUUUUUACAGAGACGUUUUCUCAACAUCUGAAGCUAUUUAAAAUAUAAGCUUAAGCUUUUUUAUCAACAUUUGUAGAAACCUAUCUAUUUGCAUUUUAGUACAAAGGAAAUAAGUUUUUGCCAUAAAAUUUUUUUUUCUAAUCUCUAUAUCUUUGCAACCUGAGGGUGUAAACUUUCUAUAUUUAUUUGAUCUAACGAAAUUUACAGUUAGAAUAUAUGUGUAAAGUCUACGUUUCAAAGAUAUGGGGAUUACAAAAUUAGAGUUUGAUGCAAAGACUCAAUUCCUUUUGACAACCUAUUGUUUAAAUGUAAAAAUGUUAUCGAGCGUUCAAAAAUAAAAGUAUUUGAAUCCUUGGUUUACUUGGCCGCAAAAAUCUUAAGAAGUAAAGUGUAUUCAUGAAAAAAUAUAUACAUAUGUAAUUGU